CUCUCUCUCUCUCUCUCUUUCUCCGGCACUACACGCAUAUAGCGCACGAGACUCGGCUCCGCUCGCCCAGUCCCACCCAUCGGAACUCUGCUGGGCGCACGCACGCUUGCUCCUGCCGCCGCUGCUCUUCGUUUCCUUUUUCUGCCGUUGUACUGUAGACUACUGCCGCCGCUGCUGUCGCUACGAUAGCGAGUCGUGGGCGAGGCCGAGAGGAUAACGCCGGAAACCGAGAGGGGGCGAUGAUCCUUAGAGGAAGGCUGUCGAUGACACUGGAACGUCGCGGUGCACAGGAGCGUCGACCCCCGCCGAUUUGAGCGACAGCAGGAGAGAAGGGCCACGGAGAAAGCUCCACGCAAGCUCGGCCGAAAAAGAAAAAUAAGAAGAAGAAGAAGAAGAAUAAGUAGCGUCUCUUCCCUGGAGAGCCCUCGCGAAUCAGAAAGCAAAUUAAGCGAGAAAUGUCGGACAGCGAGGACACGGAUGGCUCGUGCGCCGACUGGAACAUAACGAGGAAGUGGCUCGAGAGCAUGCUGCAGGAGCACCACGGUAAGGACUCGGAGCCGCAAGUCGUCAAUUUCACCGUGCGCCCGGGAUGCAACGCCAACGAGAGCGUCCUUAGCGACAUCCUCGCGGUGAACGUCGAGUACCGGCUGAAGCCCGAGCAGCCGGCCCAGGAGCUCAGCCUCAUCGUCAAGCGACUACCCCAGGACCCCUACAGCCGCUUCUUCGUCACCGAGGCCCAGUUCGACUUGAGGGAGAUCAGGUUUUACACGCAGGUCGUGCCGGAUCUCGAGGUGUUCCAGAAGCAGAACCGCAGCGACUCGUCCCAACUGAUCGAGCUGCCGAUACCGCGCUGCAUCCACGCGCACUACAGUCCCGCGGGCGGCACCGAAGACAGUCCCGAGCCGCCCGAGUCCUUCCUCGUCCUCGAGAAUCUCGGCCCCCGGGGCUUCGAGGGUGCCGAGUUCUCCCGCGGUCUCACCCUCAAGCAAGCCGAAGCGGCUCUGAACGCCGUCGCCAGGCUCCACGCGCUGUCGCUCACGCUCAAAGUCAAGGAGGGCAAGCCCCUCUCCGAGCGCUACCCCUUUCUCUUCCAAACUGCCAGGGCCACCGACUCUUAUCAGCAGCUGGUUGAACGAGGCCUGCCGCAGCUGGCCCGCUUUCUGGAACGACGACCGGGCCUGGAGGCGGUGCUCGAAGCCCUCCUGGCCCUGCGGCCCCGCACAAAGGAGGUCAUAGCGAACCUGUUGGCUCCCGAGGAUCCGCUCGCCCUCAUCACCCAUACUGACUUCUGGUGCAACAACCUGCUGUUCCGCAACAGCGACGACGACGGCGGCGGCAGCUGCGAGUGCGCCAUCCUCGACUGGCAGAUGGUCACCUACAGCCGACCGACCAACGACGUGGCCCUCCUCCUCGUGAGCAGCGUUCCCACCGAGCUCCGUCGGCGCAACACCUCCGCCCUGCUCGACGGCUACUGGGAGACGCUGACCAAGACCUGCCUGGGUCUCGGCCUCGACAUCAGCGGCGAGCUCAACUACACCAGGUCGGACCUCGACCGGGACUACCGGCGCUCCCAGCUGCUGGCGCUGCUGCUCUGCAUCGGCUCGGUCGACGUGGCACUCGGCGAUCCCAUGACCGAGCAGCGGCUCAUAGACGUGCUGGAGGACCUGCACAACGACGGCGUCCUGGCGAUCAAAGACGUGGUCGAGCCUCCGGCCAAGGAGACCUGAGCGCCUUCCAUCCGCCGAAGAUCGCCCGAUGGAAUAGUACACUACGUGCAGCGCUUCUCUGCGAUUAGCUGAGCUUCUUAUCUCCACGAUGACGAUGACGACGUAAAGCUUCAAAGACUUUUUUACAAUACACUUGUUUUAUUGUUUGAACUGGGCCACGAUGUGUGUGUGUCUCCCUCUUGACUAAUUCCCUCGACAGUAUUAUUACAUAUAUCUUUCAAAUUUUAUACAUUGAUGUAUAGCUUAUCUUGAUUAAACACCAAACUCGCCAACCUCGAUGUGUCGAUAUUAUAUAGAAUCUUCGAAAGCUGCACAAUUAUACGAAUCAUACAUAAUUUAAAUGCAAAAGCUCUUUGGUUCCCCGGCUUUAACCACUUCGGAGCCAAAGGGCUGUGGCGCGAGCAUAGCUAUACAUUACAAUAGCAGAAAAUUCCGUUAACUGUAUUUAUGUACGUACAGGCAUUAGUCGCAUAAAAUCACGUACAUGCAUUCCAGAGGCGCGAGCGAGAGAGAAGGAAAAUUGCACGCGGCAUGCGCUUCCGCGAUAAUCAACGCAAACCUAUAUAGUAGACGAGAGAAACAAAGGACAAAAAAGUAAUAACGUGCGCAAACUAGAUAAAGAUAUAGCGAAGGGAGAUUAUUUAAGCUGCAAGGCCGUAUCGGCGCGGAUGCUACUUAGAACGUCCUUCUGGCUCGUUUCUCUCUCGCGGCUACUGUAGGAGAAAUCAUCGGUGCGCGAGCCGUGUUAGCGAGCGGCUUUAAAUAUUAUUAUUACGUAUAAGUAUAGUCACUCUGGGGGAGAGAGAGCUUGGGAUGAAUUAUUGUAUAACGAACGAAAAUAAACAAAUACAAUUAUAUAUAUGCAUUGCGCGAUUCGAUGUGUCAAGGAGUGAUUAUGGAGAUAUUUCCAGUUGCCAAAGUUCGAGCGUUAUUCCUUUCACCGAAUCUAUAUAUAUAUAUAUGUGUAUCUCCUUUCGUCGAUAAUAAAAACAGGAAAAUUUGUCUCGCGAUAUCAUAUACCUGUAUACAAUACGUAAAUAGACGGUUCAACCUUCGUUAAAUUUAUUCUUUCGCAAGAUCGCGUUCUCUUUUUUAAUUAUGCUUUAUAAAUCGACAACAAUAAGGUGAAAUAAUAUCAUAGUCCCUCCUUGAGGUAAAAGUGAUACGAGGACGUCAUUUUUAAGCGUAAUCUCGCGAAAUAAUCAAACGCCGCACGUACCGGCAACUAUACAUUGUAUAUGCGACGACGAGAGCAUGUAUUAUUGAUAUACAUACGCGAAUUGAUUUUGCAUAACUAUGUCGAUUACCAUUAAUUAAGUAAAAUUAACGUAAACCAAAGGUGAUAUACAAGAGAGAAUUGACCUGUAAGAAACGUCGAGAGCGACUCGCACGUUAUUCUAAACGAAGACUCGCCGACAGUCGAAACAUUUUCUCAAAAGAAUCAUCACAUAAGUGCUGUUGAUAAUAUUUUAGCGAAUUCAGCAUACAUUGUCCGACAAUUGAACGUGUAUGUGUACCCCUUCGGCGCAUGACGAAUCGAAAGUUUUGGAUAUAAAAGAAGUGAUAAGCUGCGCAAGCGAGUAUUAUUGCGACGCGAUAAGAUCGUAUCUCUUAUUGUGUACGGUUAAUUUAAAUUCUUCAUGUGACACUCGAGUGUCGCGCGAUUUCGUUAUUUUAUCUUAUCGAGUGAAUUAUUAUGCGUCAUCCCAACACCUUUCAGAGGCUAUUGCAGCGGCCUCUCUUAAAACAUAAUUAUCUAAACCGAACUAACGUCUUCUAAAUAAAAUACGUACACGAUACACGGUCAACGUCAAGGUUCUCUACCUGCAAUCAUGAAGAACCAUAUAGUUUCCCCUGCCAUGAUUUAACAAUUACAUCACCUCAAACCCGAUUGUAUUUUCAA